AUGGCGCUGUAUGGAACCUUAGACGCUUUGAUGUGUAGGGCGUUCCCCACGACUCUGAGGGGGCCAGCCCGCGCAUGGUACAGCGGCCUGAAGGCCGGGGCGAUCACUUUCUUUGAUCAGCUUGCCAAAGACUUUGAGCUUAACUACUUAGCUUAUGCCCAGCCAAAGCCGUCCGUUGCACUGCUCCUCAGACUUAACCAAAGGGAGGACGAGCUCCUCUCCCAUUUUGUGAAUCGCUUUGCCACGGAAAUCCGAGGGUUGCUGGACGCUCAUCCCUCUCUAUUAAUGCAGGCAUUUAUGAUAGGCCUGCGACCUUUCAUAUUCUUCUGGUCCCUCACGGAGUGA